UUAGGGUAGCGGUAUGGAGAGCUCCAAGCCGACGCUUGUGCUGGACAUCGACAACACGCUGGUAUGUGGAAGGGCGACCAAGCGGCCGGGGCUGGAUGAAUUCCUGGCCAGAGUAAGCAAGCUCUACGAGAUCGUCGUGUUCACAUCCGGCAACCGGGAGCGCGCGGAUCGGAUCAUCGACCACAUUCUCAAAGUGAAUGUCGCGCGCCGCCUCUACAAUGAUUCUUGCGUCCGGGGCACCAAGCCGCUGGAGAUUUUGGGAAAGGAUUUGAGAAGAGUGGUGGCCAUAGACGACAAUCCACUCGCGUUUGCGGGCAAUGAGGAGAAUGGCUUGGCGGUUGUGCCCUUUUCGGAGUGGAGCAUGGAGGAGGAAGAGCGCGAGAAGAAUUUGAUCAAGCUACUGCCGCUGCUCGAAGGGAUUUCGUCGCUGGAGGAUUUGAGGCCGCCGCUUAAGCAGUGGAAGGAAGGCAUUGAAAGUGAUUUAGAAACACUAUAAAUACCUCAUGCUUGAUAAACUCAACGCUGCAGUCACUCGAAAGGUUUUUUCUAGGCUUCUCCUGCUCUGGAAACGGAGAUAUCACCCCUCCUGUUUUUCCUUGGCACUGCUGCUGCCACGCCCUUCCAGUCGGCAUCGUUGCCAAGCAGAGCGAGAAAAUCUCGAGGCAUUUCAUUAGGAUCACCGGGAAUUAUCAAUAGCAACGGAAAAGCAGGAAGAACACCACCGGCAACAAAGGAAAGAAAAAAUCAAGGUGAAGUUGCAAACAAAGACUAGCUUUGUCAAAAGCGAGGUUUUCUUGUUAAUCUGGACCAAGCAUCCCCUCCUUAGAAGUUUGCAAGUUAGCAAGGCUGUCCAUAUCCAGUUCGCAACGUACCUUUCGAUAACGCCUCGGUAGAAGUUAGCCAGACUUUUCACGGCUUCUUCAGAGAGGCCAUUCUCCACGGGUUCCUGCAUAGCCUUGUACAAACCAGCCGCGAACAUUGCGAAAGUUCAAGGCCCUUGAAGAAACUAUAGAUAAAUCAGCAGAAUUUUGUCAUUGAAUCCACAUUUUAUCACCCGCGUAGAAGUUUACCAUCCGACAUUGUUAUAAUUGACCACACAAAAAUAGUGACCA